AUGGACUCCCAGAGACUUGCAGCAGGACCACCUGGAGGACAGGUGAUUAUACAUGCAAAAUUUGACAAGGAUAUUUACCUCCCAAAGGAUGCUGAGUUUUACUUUGUUUAUGAUGGAUCCCUGAAGAGGCAUGUAAUGUUUGCAGAGCGAGUUAGUGACAAUGCUCUUCGGUCUAUUGUUGCAGAAUGUGUCACUGCCGCUAGUCAUGAGCUGUUGCUGGAUAAAUUUGGGCUAAGGACAAAAGAUCUGCAGUCCCUGGAUAAUGAUUUAAUGAUGGCCGUUGCUUAUGAAGAGUUGCCGUCGACUUGGAACAUCCUUGGAAGCUGCUCAGAAGAGCCUAAACAUAAAGAAACUCUUCUCCACCUUGUGAUGAAAUUGGGCUUGAUUAAGCUUUCCCAGUUCUUAGCAGCCCAGCCUGGAGGGUCAUCAGCGCUAGCAUUACCUAAUGAUGAUGGAGCAACACCAUUAGAUUUGGCUUUACAAAAUGGACACUCUGAACUUGUAAAGGUCUUCACAAAGUCCUGUGAACUUGGCAUCUGGUGAAUUGUCCCAGGAAGAU